AUGGUCACCCGCAAUCCGCACAUCCCAUCAUGGGAUGAUGUCGUCAAGCAGGAGGCAGCCUGGCUCGAUGGUAGCCCAACAGAGAGAGCUCGUAUCGCAUUUCUUGCCGCCGCAUGCCUGUCCACCAAGCUGCGCUCCCUGCAGCCUGCAGCUACAGCACCUGAGCAGCCAUUUACUCCAGGCCGAUCAGAUGACAUCGCUGACCUGCCCGCUAUGACCAUGCAUGCUGCGACAAAGCUGCAAGAACAGCUGCGCCAGGAGACCAGUCCAGACGUCUUGACAGGCCUCAUGAGACUGGCCCAGGCAGUGGCAGACUCACUCCUGUACAUGCUCAGCCGCUGCAAGCAGGAUGCUCGUGGCCAGCCAAAUGGUGCUCAUCUGAAGCACAUCCCAGCGCAGUUGAUGGGUCAAGCAUCACUGAUCAAGGUGUCAGAUGUCGCCAGCUGUGCCCAGCAGUUGUUUGCUGCAGCAGAGGGAGCAAGUAGCUUGCACCAGCACAGUGCAUUGCUGGGCCAGCUGGCGCAGUCAUUCUGCCAAGUGGCGGCGGCCGCGCAUUCUCGGGCCGGGGAGCAGCUGCCCAGAAGCUUCUCCGUCACGGCUGCGGCAGCGCUCCAGAAGCUGCUGGCGCAUGCACUAGAGGUCCUGAGCCAGCCGCCCAAGGAAAUUUUCUCAAACAUUGGCGGGGCGCCCGAGGCCGCCAGUGAGGACAUACAGGGGGCAGCGGAGCGAUGGCAGCAUGACUCAGCGGCGCUGCUGAGAGUGGUGACAGAGCUGUUGAGCACACUGGCCAGUUUCGGCUCGCUGCGGCUUGCGCAUGCCAGGCAUGGAGAGGAGUCACCGGCGGAUGGCAGAGCAGCUACGGAGCAGGACGCAACUGCCAGAAGCUUCUGGGAUGCCGUGAAGCUGGCUAAUGACAACAGCAAGAACCCACAAGCGCAGGAACGAAACGGGCAUCCCCGCGGUGUGGAUGCUAUCAGCGAGCAGAUGAGCAGUACAGCGAUCGGCAAGAAGACUGGAGGCGAGCAGCCGUACAGCAAACCUGCUUCGAGGAAGCUCCUGAUCGAGGAGCUUGGGACGGGCCAUUCCUCCAAGAGGUUCUCUGCAGGCGACCAGGUGCCAAGCAGGGAGCAGGCAGCGACCCUAGGCAGGGGUGGGGUGAUUAUUGAGGAGAUAGACGAUGACAUCAGCGAGAGCGCCGCCGAUGUCAGCGAGGCAGACAUCCAGGCGCUGACGGCGUCCGAGAUCGCGGGUGUGCUACUUGUCUGCGCCCUGCACAGCAGUGAUCAACGCCUCGAUGCCCCCUGGGCCUCGGCUGGCACAGACUCGGCAGCUGCGUCCACUCUGGAGUGCCUGGCAAGCCACCUCUCUACCGGACGCCAACGCCAGAAGGACACAAGAGGCAUGAAUGGGCAUGGGGCGUCCAGGGACACCCUGGCGAGCCCGGCAGUUCAGGCGCUGAUAGUGCAGCUGCUGCCCGCAGCAAUUUCUCACCUGAGCUCUGUCCUGGUCGAGAGCCCCGAACAGCAGCGGCAGAAGGCGCGAAUGGAAGCAUACACAGGUUCAGGUGUCUUCGAGAGGGCUGUGGCGGCCCAGCAGCUGGCUUGGUGCUUGCGCCGUGUGGGCUACAGGGGUCUGGGGUCAAUUGUCGGUUAUGCCCUGCCCCUCAUCCUGGCAGCUGCAGAUGACACCUCACCUGCCGUGCAGCGGCAAGGGCUCUGGGCUCUGCACCACCUUGCCAAGGAGGCGCUGCCGGCGGACCUGCUGUGGCAGAAGGAAGCUCUGCUGAAGGCGGCCAGGAAGUCACUGGUGAGCUGCGACGAGUCUGUCUGGCCGGCAGCCGCCGCUGCUGCAUGCGCGCUCGCCGUCACCCUCGAAGGGCGGGACAUAUUCGGCGCUGGGUACGAGUGGGUGCUUGGGGAGAUGCUAACUCAGGGCAACAGCUACGCCCACGUGCCAGCGCGCAGGAUAGUCUGGCUGCAGGCCGCUCAGCCGCUGUUGCAGGCGAUGGGUCUGGCGUCUGUGCGUCACUUCUCCCGCCUGCUGCCGCUGCUGCUGGAGUGGCUGCAUGCAACCGAUGUGGACACACGCCUGGCUACCCUGCCAGUGCUGCACACAGUGCUCAAGCACACAUGGCCGCGCCUGCCGGCACAUGCCAGCAUCGUCUGGCAGCAUGUCGCCCAGGAGUUUGCCAGGGAGCUCGACUUUGCUCAUCGAUCAGAUGCAGGAGGGCUGCCAGUGUCUGGAAGUGCGGCCAAGGAGUCAUCUGCAAAUGGGCAGGCCAGCACAAUGCGUGCUGUUGAGGCAUCAACAACGGGACAAAAGGGUCUAGACACAGACAAUAGGCAGGAGCUGAUGGAUUGGCAGCAGCGCAUUGCUGAGGUGCUUUGGUGGGGUGGUGGAGAGCCCUUCAGGGAAGAGGCCAGGUUUGCUGGGAACGCGUAA